AUGAAUUUCUGCCUUCCAAGUGUAGAUGGCUAUCUUCUACAGCAACAGCAGACCCUGGAACAUCCCUCGGAACAAAGUGUACCCUCAGGGGCCCGUAACACCUCACCUGAAACAGCAGCUGCAGUAGGUGGGCCUUCGGCUACUCUGACUUUGCCUCCAGCCAACAGUUUGAAGAGUCUUCUGCACCAAAUAGCCGGUGUUGUUGCUGCUGCACAGAAAAUCCCUGGGGGCGAUGACUAUACCAUCAGGACCUCCACGAGUAGCGGCGCGAGGAGAGCCACAGAGGCAGCAGCCGCAGACACCCUUCGAAUUCUCCUAGAGAUUGCUGCCGGAUGCUCUGGCAGAACGGAAUCUCUGAUUCCUCUGAGGAAGGCGGAAGCCCUUCAUCGUUCCCUUGCACAUACAGGUCCUUCCACCACCGCCCACAACGGCACCGGCAGCAGCAGCAGCAGCGCGCUGCUGGAACAAGAUGGGCAGCAGAUUCACGAGGGAGUCGGAACAGUUGUCCAGGGGCUACUUGACGAGCUUCUUGAAGCUGUAGACGUCUCUCUGGAGGCGCAUCGGCGCAACCCCCAGAAGAAGGUAUGCACGCGGCUGUCCCAAGAGCAGCAGGAGGAGAAAUCGAAUGCCCAGAAAAAGGGGCAGAAGGAGCAGCAUCAGGAUGCAGAUAUAGCGGCAGCUGGUGGCACUGCCACGCUGCACCGCUCUAAACGUGUUUUGCCCCUUCCAGGUUUGCUGUCUGUGGUAGAGGGCCGUCCACAGAGCCACUGGGCAUACUUGAUAAACAACAACAGCAGACGCUUUGUCCCUCGGCUCCACCAGAAGCCACACAAAAAGUAUCCUUUGCCUGAAGCUACAAUAGAGGCCCAGAAACAUCGGGCCAUCAGGCUCGAGAGGCGCAGGGAGCUGUUCGAGGACGCAGUGUCGACUGGUUUGGCUCUGGAGACGGCAGUGGGACACCAGCGGCAGUUGUUGCUGCAGCAGCUUCAGCAGCAGGAAGAGGAUAUCCAGAAGCUGCAGCACGAAGAAGAUGAGGCCCAGAAAGCUGAGAGCCCAGAGCCGCUUCCUCAUCCGUAUGAAGGGGAAUUGAACGAACUGGAAUGGCUGCUUCCGGGGGACAAGCAACAACCAGAUAUAUAUUCAGAUUUCUUUACCUUGAAAGAGCCUCCAAUGCCUCAGCCGGUCGAACGGACACCGCUUGUCUUAGUGGAGACACCGCAGCAACUCCGGGAGAUGCUGGACGAGUUGUGCAGUGGUCGCCAUAAGGUUGUGGCAAUCGACACGGAGCACCACUCUUAUGAGAGCUACAAGGGCUUCGUUUGCCUGCUGCAGCUGUCCACCUGCAGCGGCGUUGGGGCAGCCAAGGAUUUCAUCGUGGACCCUUUCUCUCUGUUUGCUCACCUUCCAGCUUUGAACGAAUUAACCGCAAACCCCAAAAUUCUCAAGAUCCUCCACGGCUCUGCCAGCGACGUCCUAUGGCUUCAGCGCGACUUCUCUGUCUACCUCGUAAACGUCUUUGAUACAGCCGUGGCCGCUCGGACCCUGGCUGUUCCGGGUGGUGCCUCUCUGGCGAACCUCCUUAGCUUCUACAUGAAGAAGCAAAAGGACAAAAAGAUGCAACUAGCAGACUGGAGAGUUAGACCUCUGACGGAGGAGAUGAAGGCUUACGGACGAUCUGACACUCACUACUUGCCUUACAUCUACCAGUGCAUGCAAAACCAAAUUCUCGCGAGAGACGACCAGACGGGGAUGUACCAAAUGAGUUGCAUCGCGCCCGAGGAGCUGGGAGCCCCUACAGCUGUGUGUUUCUCAGGCACAGGAGCACACGAAAAGCAGCAGUGCAUGAUUCUGGUGCCAGGAGAUGCAGUUGUCACCAAUAGAAUUGGUUCAGGGGCUUCAGGCCGAGCUGCAAUGCUUGGCGUGCUGGAACGGAGCAGAGAUAUCUGCCUUUCCCUCUACACUGAGGGGCCGUUUGAUGAGGAGAAGGAAGCGACCCAACUCCUCAAAAGAAACAGCACCGCGCUCGCUCCUCUUUCUUUUGCCGUUCUUAAGGGACUCCUCUCAUGGCGAGAUUCUGUGGCACGAAAGAGGGACGUCAGCCCCCACGCAGUCCUGGCGAAUGCGUGCAUUUUGCUUCUGGCGCAAAGGAGGCCAUUAAACCACGUCCAACUCCGUCAUGCCAUCCGCCCCACACCAGCAGCGGUUCACCGAUACGGAGCAGAGAUACUUAAAGCCAUCCAAGGUGCUUUGGAAAAAACAGUUGCAUCUUCUUUACCUACGUCAGUGCCGGACCAGCAUCGAAGACCAGGAGAGCAGCAACAGGGACAACAGCAACAACAGCAGUCGCAGCAGCAACAGCAGCCAGAGCUGAUAGACGACGAGGAUGACCUUUUACCGUCAGCUACAGUGCUUAGAGAGGCUGUAGCUGCUCAGCAGCAGCAGCUGAUUGCCUCUGCGGAUGCUUCGAUAUCUGCCUCACAUGCGCCCAAGGAGGAGACUGAAGCAUGUAGUCGGUCCAAAGGUUACGACAGCACUAGCGCUAGCAGCAGUGGAAACAGCACCAGCAGAAGCAGUAGUAGUUAUGGCGAGAGCAGCAAACCCCAGGAGCAGCAAGAGCGGCCUGUUCAAUUAAGGGGUUUCUUCUCCAUGGGUGCUAACGGCCCUAAGCCGCCAGUCAUAGUUCGCGUUUCCUCGGCUGUGCUCUCUUCGCACAUGGAAGGCAUGACCAUUCAUAGAAGCGCGGGACCUCCAGGUGCUCCCUCGUCUUCCGAAAAUGCCCGGAACGCCUCACACACAGCGAGGCAAGUUGCACGCUGGGUUUACAGGCAGCUCCAGAGGAUGGAAAAGAAUAGAUUAUUGUAUAUUCGUACCACCAAGCACUGUAGUUGGACGGCGACGCCAGCAAAGCAGCGGCAGGAACAAGCACAUAAUGACGACAUCGACAGCACAGACAGCCUGAUGCUCCCGGCUCAUCCCCCUCCGCCACCGGACCCAGAAACUGUAGCAGCACUGGCUGCAGAGCAGACAAGGAUUUCCGUUUCUGCACCAGCCGCAUCAGCAGAAGCAGCGGCAGCAUCGGAUGCUUUGCCAGCCCCUUCUUCCUUGCACAUUCAGGCCAAGGACUUCAUUGAAGGUGAUGGAGACAGAAAGAGAGGGCACCCUGAGACAGCAGACACAUCGCUGGGCCUUAUUCCUGUAGCUCAGCAGACGUGGAAACGGCGAAAGAAACAGCGCAAGCGUGCAGCCGCUGCAGAGGGGACUGUGCAAUCCGCGGAAAGAAGUGACAGGAUGCAUGGUUCAUAG